AUGACAACCGUUUCACCAAUGAAUAAUGAAACAAAUGAUUAUGAAGAAUUUUUAAAACAAUUCAAAUUACUUAAUACUAUAUCAGCUGAAUUUCGUAAUGUAUGUACAAUACUUGGUACAGAAUUAGAUUGUUCAUUAGUAAGAAAAAAUCUUAUUAAUUUACAAAGAUAUAUGAUGUAUGAAUUACAAAAUACUCAAUAUCAAUUAAUUAAAUGUUGGCGUAAUGCUAAUAUUGGUCUAUCAACCAAUAUAACAAGUGAACAAUCUGAUCAAUUAUUUUCUGUAUUUACAACUUAUAUUGAAUAUCAUAUGAGAGCAUUAUUAAAAACACUUCAUUUAAUAACAUUGUUUCCUUCAAUAAAUUUACAAUUUAAUUCUAAUACUACUAAUAUAAAUAAAAAUGAUGAUCAAGUAGAAGAUAAAAAGUUUGAGAACCAUGAAUUUAUCAAUCAUGAAGUUGUAAUACAAAAUGAUUCAUCAUGGAUAUUAACAUCUAAUAAAUUAUUACAAACUAAUAUUAGUUCAUUAAUUAAUACUGGAUAUACUAAAUCAUUAGAAUUAGGAAUAGAUCAAAAUGAUAUUUCAUUGUUAUUAGCUGAUAAAACUAAUAUAGACAAUAAUGAUGAUGGUGAUGAUAAUGAUCAAAAGUCACAGGAAUUCAACUCUCUCUGA